CUCGUUUGAGCACGAGACGAUAACACUAAUGGCCGCAUAACAAGACUCAACAAGUUUUAGAGCAUAUUAAAACCGUCGGCAGGGAAGCUUUCAAGAUUUUUGAGAAAAGAAGCAACCAUGAAAGUGACAGGACUCGUACCCGCCAGAUUCCUGACGAUCAUAUCUCACCUUGUUCUUGUUAUUGUAAUUUUUUGGUCACGGAAACCAAACAUAGAGUCAUGCCUCCCACGAUCUUACACGCAGGCAGAGUAUGAUGAGAAAGACCUGCAGAUGAUUAUUGCCCUGUCCGUUUCACUGGGGCUGUUUGCCAUUGAGUUGAUUGGAUUCCUUGGAGGUUUGACAAUGUUCUCAUCCUUCCAGGCUCUACUUUCUAUGUCUGCACACUGUGGGGCAUCAGUAGCUCUGGCCUACUACAUCAUUAGGGAAUGGCCCUGCGAUAGGUUCUGGUUUAUAUUUGGCUUAUGUAAUGCUUUUCCAGCGUUCACUGAACUUUUGACAAUGGCUUUUGUGUUGUGUUGUGGCCAUACUCAGUUAUAGCAUUCCUAUAUGGAUUAAAGAUUUCAAAAUCUGUUAUACACUGUAGUAUAAUUUAUUGUUUAACAGAGCUCAUGAUUCAUUGUGUGUACUAAUGAAUAUAAAGGAUAGUACUAGAAUAAGGGGACUAAAAUAUACAACUAAAAUUUUGUUGCGGUGUUACUGUAUGGCCAGAGUUACAAUACACACAAGGAAACAGAAUUCCAUAAAUAGAAUCUCAACAUGUGAUUUGACUCCUUGACGACCUGUCAGCUACAUCAGCCCACGCAGGCGCAUUUGUGGCUCUAUCUUUCUACCUGUUUGAGAUCUGGCCGUGCAGCUGGUAUUGGUACAUCUUUGGAUUAUGUAGCGCAUUUCCUGGAGUCACAGAAGUGUUUGCCAUUAUCUCAUCA